AACAUUUUCAGUUGUUAUAUAUUCAUCUCGUAAGCAAAGCAUAUUAAGUUCAACGAGUUCAGUAGUUCACCCCUCCCUCGCCGAAAGUGACCAUAACUUCUACUGCACUUGGCGCCGUUAUGAGAAAAAGGAGCGGACCCAAGGGCAGCUAGCCGGGUAGCACGACGAAUAACCAGGAUGUUCAGGGGUCCACGAACACUGGUGUGUGCUUGUAAUUUAAGGUCACUGCAGCUGUCAAAAGAAUUUCGCCUUUUUGCUUUCUCUAAACACAUUGACUCAACAUGUUUGGAAGUAAGACACAUUCAUGCCAGAAGACAUGUUCAAAUCCAUGAAAAAGACACUAUGACUUUAUGCUGUUCAUCUCAACUGACGUCUUUCAGCGCAGACAGUGAGAAUUAUCAGCUGGAAGGCCUUAUAUCUGAAACCCCUAUUUCCAAAGCCAUUCUGAAAAGCCAUUAUCAUCAACCUCAGGUCUCUGCCAAAACCAAAGCACCUUAUGUUUUCAGCACUUUCUGGCACUGUUUAUUCAACAGGACUUCCUGGCCUUUGGAUCUUAGCCCGGCUACAAUUUAUAAUAUGCCAGCACUUAAUCCCCGGAUUUCAAACCAGUUCCACUGUCGAGCACAAACCCACUAUCACUCCGUCUAUCAAAUCAGAACUGUUCAUCAGGCUGUCCCUCGUGUAACAGACACCUGGAAGGACUGCCUGUCCCCUGAGAACGAAAAUAGAUGUCGACAGAUCCUGCAGGCCAACUGGAAGCACUACGACAUGGACAAAGUGAGACAAGGGGCCGGCCAGGCUCAAGGAAAGAACAAAGGGAAGUGGGCUUCCAUCUUGGUUUCCCUCUGCUACGAUAAAGGAGGACCGGCGUUUCUGUUUACUCUGCGCUCCUGUACGCUGAAGGGCAAGCACAAAGGAGACGUCAGCUUUGCUGGAGGAAAGGGUGAUCCAUCAGACAGAGAUGUAGUGGCCACUGCAUUGCGGGAAGCCAGAGAGGAGCUUGGAGUUACUAUUCCAGCUGAAAGGGUCUGGGGUGUCAUGAAACCUCUGAGGGACACAUCAGGGAUGAUGAUUGCUCCGGUGUUGGCUAACCUUGGUCCUCUUGAGGAGUUGGCGUUCAAACCAAACCCAGAGGAGGUAGACGAGAUCUUCACUUUGUCCUUGUCACACCUGUCCAAUCCCCAGAAUCGCGGCUACACAAACUUUCGUACUGGCAACAAGUAUGGAUACACACUACCAGUGUUUUGUAAUGGCAAACACCGAGUAUGGGGUCUGACUGCAGUUGCUCUGGACCAUACUAUCAAACUUCUUAUACCUCCAUAUGGAUCUAUAACUGAGGUUUUCAAUGGCUGAAUGCUUCUUUUUGUAGCAGACAUUAAUAAUCAGUGAAGAAAAUCUGGAUUUCUUUCAUCCAGUCUAAUGUUUAAUAAUCUUGUUGUGUUUAUUAACGUGUUAGGAGACAGAUCUUUUCUCCUAUGCAUUCGAUGAUUAUAUAUUAUAUUCUGUUAUGAAGAAUCAAGACAGCAGUCAGAUUUUUUGACCUCACUGAAAGGCACUGUUGAAGCUUUUCUUCUGUUUUUUAACUAAUAAAGUGAAGAAGAAUA